CCCCCGCGCCCAGGAGCGCUGUCCCCAUUGGCAGGGAGGCCGAGAGGAAGGCCGAGCCCUCCUCUCCCAUUGGCUGCCCGUCGCAUGGCUCCGCCCGCCGGGCGCGCUGCCAUUGGCAAGGCCGGUCGGGGGGCGUGCCGGCGCGUGCGCGCGGCCUGUCGGCGGGCGGGGUAAGAUGGCGGAACUGGGGAAGAAGUACUGCGUGUACUGCCUGGCUGAGGUGAGCCCGCUGCGCUUCCGCUGCACCGAGUGCGCCGACAUCGAGCUCUGCCCCGACUGCUUCUCGGCGGGCGCCGAGAUCGGCCCUCACCGCCGAUGGCACGGCUACCAGCUCGUCGACGGCGGCCGCUUCACCCUCUGGGGCGCCGAGGCCGAGGGCGGCUGGAGCAGCCGGGAGGAGCAGCUGCUGCUGGACGCCAUCGAGCAGUUCGGCUUCGGCAACUGGGAGGACAUGGCUGCUCAUGUGGGAGCAUCCCGAACGCCCCAGGAGGUGAUGGAGCACUAUGUAAGCAUGUACAUUCACGGGAACCUGGGUAAAGCCUGCAUCCCUGACACAAUCCCGAACCGAGUGACGGAUCACACGUGUCCCAGCGGCGGGCCGCUGUCCCCCAGCCUGACCACACCGCUGCCACCACUGGACAUAACAGUGGCAGAGCAGCAGCAGCUCGGGUACAUGCCGCUGCGGGAUGACUACGAGAUCGAAUACGAUCAGGAUGCGGAGACCCUCAUCAGCGGCCUCUCGGUGAACUACGACGAUGAUGAUGUGGAGAUAGAGUUGAAAAGAGCUCAUGUAGACAUGUAUGUGAGGAAGCUCAAGGAGAGGCAGCGGCGGAAGAACAUUGCACGAGACUAUAACUUGGUACCCGCCUUUCUGGGGAAGGAUAAAAAGGACAAGGAGAAAGCUCCCAAACGAAAGAUCACUAAAGAGGAGAAGGAGCUGAGGCUGAAACUGAGGCCUCUGUACCAGUUCAUGUCUUGUAAGGAGUUUGAAGACUUCUUUGAGAACAUGCACAAGGAGAGGAUACUCCGAGCAAAGAUUCGGGAGCUGCAGCGGUACCGUCGGAAUGGGAUCACCAAAAUGGAAGAGUCGGCAGAAUACGAGGCAGCCAGGCAUAAACGGGAAAAGAGGAAGGAGAACAAAAACAUAGCGAGCUCCAAGAGAGGGAAGGAAGAUGGAAAAGAGGGUGAAUUUGCUGCCAUUGAAAACCUGCCUGGCUUUGAACUCUUAUCGGACAGGGAAAAGGUGCUCUGCAGCUCUCUAAAUCUGAGUCCUGCACGUUACGUGACUGUAAAAACUAUAAUCAUUAAAGACCAUCUCCAAAAAAGACAAGGAAUUCCUUCUAAGAGUCGCCUUCCCAGUUACUUAGACAAGGUACUGAAGAAAAGGAUUUUAAACUUUCUAACAGAAAGUGGUUGGAUAUCCAGGGAUGCUUCCUGAAACUCAGCUGAUCUGAAAGUACACAGCAGAGGCACAUUAGAGCCUCAACGACUCCAUUAGUUUUUCCUUCCCUCCCCAAAGAUACAGAAAUCAUGUCACUUAAAAUUAACAGCAACAAAAUGCGAAUGCAUAAAGCCCCUCAGUAUUCGUGAUCCAUGGUUCAAAUGGACCUUUGCUUUGGAUCAUGGAAGUACUUAAUUGUGAAACUUUUGCAUUGGAUUUCACUGCUUUUGGUACAUUAUUCAGUCAGAUUUCUUCCACGUGAACUUACUCAAUUCCAGUAGUCUCAGAGUAGUUACUUACUCCUUACUACUGGAUCAAUGAGUAUCGGUGUAAUCCUUGCUUUUGUUUGAAGGUGGGAGAUAGUUUCAUUUGCUGGAAACUUUCUUCUCCCUUUGUUGUCUUUUUUGGUGUAAUGCUGGCAGGAAAGUGAAGCUUCCAAAUGUGCUUCCAGAUGACCAGUGCUAAGCUUUCAGAACAUUCUCAUUAGUAACUACAGCCAAGGCUGGGACAGUGGGUGAGUUUCUGUCAGGAAUGCAGCAGGGAUGAGCAAUGGCAGUGAGUGGAAGGGAAAAAAUGCAGUAGGUGAGGUGCCUUCAGGUACUUGUGCUGUGGAAAGGGUUCUUGAAGAGCUGCCUUUGUACCCAACUGAUCCAGACGGAGCUUUGACAUUGAGGUUUGGAUGAAACGGACCCCACUGAAGCCUUGAUGUUAACUAAUGAAUAGCAAAGUUGCAGUACAGGGCAGCUGUGGUGCUGUGUGGGGUCAGCACCACUGCCAAGUGGCUGAUUUGGGCCAGAAAUAGGUUUUGGAAAGAUGGGGAGCGAGUUGUUUGUCAGUAGUUGGGAGCCUCAGGCAACAAAAUCACCAUUCCCUCUUGUUGGAGGAGCCUUCUCCUCAUUUGGUGUCUAUAAAACUUCUGAGCUUGUAUGGGCUGGGGAGGUGUAGCUGCUGCCUUCUCCUGGACUUUGGGAGGGAUAGGGAAAGGGAGUGAGACUCAAGAGUUAUCACUGAGACUGGGCUUUAAAGCCAAAAGAGAGAAGUGAUACAGAUGAGGUCAAAGCACACAGCUCAUGUGCUCCUGAAGUGCAGAGCUGUAAUCAAGUCAUUACAGGGUUCUGAUUGCAUGUACCUUGAAACAUACCAGGCCAAACAUGUUGAAGUUACUGACAUGGCAGGAGAACUGUGAGUGCAGCCCACUGUGGUGAGAACAGUGAACCUGGAGAGGUGACUUUUCCCAACUCUAACACUACAGUCUGAACUGGGUGCUCACAACAAGCACCCUCUGGCCAGGUAUAACACCGCAAGUGAAAGACAUACCAGAUCCACAGCACUGGGUUAGUAGGAUCUACUAAAUUAGGGGAAGAUGUUGAAGAAGGACUAGAAAAGGGCUUUUAUGCUUGUUUCAACAUUAAAUUCCCGUGCUGGUAUUUAACCAAAUGAAUAAAUACAGUGGUUGCCAUGUGGAAGACAGCGCAGUGCUACUUGCCUAAGCCUCUCCACUGGUUGUGUCCAGAGGAGGAAGCUGGGACCAGAGGCCAGUUGGGCAGGUCUUCUGGAGUGCAGGAGUGCCAAAACAUGGAAUUUGACUGGCUCCAGAACAGGUGCAAGGACUGGAAAGGUCACCUUGCUUUGAUGCUUUGGGCUGUAGUCAGUGAGGAUACCACAAAAUCUUGAACCAGUAUUAAUCCUGCAACGUGGCAUAGGUGUAUUGAUGGGAACUGGGGUUUAGUUAUCAUAUCCAGCAUUACCAAAAUAGUGUUACCAGUGAGGUUAGAAUAAAAGGGGUACAAUUACAAAGCCAGCAUUUCUAAGGAAGAGAAAACCAAAACUCUAGUGCCUUUUUCUUUUGAGCUUGUGAUGUUUGAUGUUCUGUCCCUUCAGAAAGGUAAUGGCCAUGUCCUCUUGGAUGUAAUACUUUGUUUGGCUUACCUGUAAGUGGCUCGUUGUGGAACACUUAAGACAAAACUGUCUCUCCUUGGCAGCAGUGGAACUAACUGCAAUGUGCUGAGUAGCUCUAAGAACCAUUUCAACCCUGUACACUGUACAAAAAGCACACAGGUUCGUAAGGUAUAAACCCUUGGUUAUUUUCUGCCCUACCCCUGCAGAAGGGAUGCUCAGCCUUUCUGGCAUUCUAGUUAUGCAAUCUGGUUCUUCCUGUACCUUGUUCCUGAACUACUAUAACAUCCUGUUACUGCUCAUGUUCUGGAGCCUCAACUCUGCAUGUAGCUGGGAGUUUAAAAGCUAUUUUUUUUGUUACUAUUAUUAUUUUCCUCAGAUCUGUGAUUUUUAUAUUUCUACGCUGUUGUGGCACAUCCAAGUGGAACUGAAGCAAUAGUCUAAAGCCCAUCUGAACGGUAACUUAAGACAAUAUCUAGGCACCAAUGAGUCAUUUAAAUGUUGAACUCUGCAGUUACACUUUGUAGUUUCUUAAUGCCUCAGCCCCUCCAAAAUGUUUCUUUGGUGCUAGACGUAACUUAUUGAACAUCAAAAUGAAUGUAAAAAUAAAGUAUUUUUAAUGUAUGAAA